GAAAAAUUUCAAUUUUGCAGGAUAUUGAACAAAAACCUACCUAAAAGGUGACUGGAAAUUCUGAGUUUUUAUAGCAUACUCUAGCUCUCCUAAAACUGAGCAAAUAGUUUAUAAAUAAGUAGGUAUACCUAUGUACAUAAUUAUUAGAAUAUAAUAGAGUCUUGGAAAGGUAGGAAAGGACGAACGCCAAUGCGUUCUCCUCAACGGACAAGGACGCGAAAUAAAAUCAAUAUAAAACACUAUGGCAGCGUUCAGGCGCCGAGAAAUAGACCACAACGGCGUCCAGCUCAAUCAAAAUAACAUAUUUAAAAAUGCCUAGUUAUCGCCGCAUAGUCCGUUCGAAAUUUAAAAUUCAAUUUAAACUCAAACCGUUAUGGGAGAACUAAUAGAUUAGUGACGAGAGACGCUCUAAAAUUUUAACCACAUAAUAUUUAGGUACCUGUGAUUGUGAUCGACCGACCACCAAGAUGUAUAAAAUCUUGGUACCAUUAGUGAUAAUAUUGAUAGCUAUUGCUACAGUAUCUAAAGCAGAAUGCCAAACGAGGCAAAUUUACUGCUACGAAUGCGAUUCGUGGUCGGAUAGAAGAUGCAAAGACCCGUUUAACUACACCGCACUCCCCAAAGACCAACCCCCAUUGAUGACCUGCAACGGGUGCUGCGUCAAAAUGGUCAGGAACUCCAAGUCGCCUUAUGAAGUGAUCCGUCGCACGUGCACCUCCCAGCUGCAGAUCAACCUCUUCAUGGUCGACCACGUGUGCAUGAUGGAAAGUAGCGGAACGGGCCACAUGUGCUUUUGUGAGGAGGACAUGUGCAAUGCCGCGGUAAUUGUAGGCCCCCGAACGGAGGCGGCCGUAACGCUGUUCCUCGCCUCCCUAGUAGCCUUGUUUACACGCCUGUGCAUGAGGUAGAGAUUCGUUUCUUUAGAACGUUAGGCUGGCGGCGACUUUUUCGUUGUACGAUCGGACGAUUCACCCUUUGACUACUUAUUUUUCAACCGAAGAAGGCAUUGCUUCAAAGCGAGAAUAAUCGGUAGGAAGAGACGCGAUUUUAGGCGAUAGGUUCGCUUGAGGGUGCUUGUUCGUAGUGCCUGAGGAAGAUACAUUUUUUCGUUGAAUGUUAAUAUGUUCCGGUAAACACCAUAUCAGAAAAUUUCUUGUCCAUUACAUAUCGAGUUGAAAAUUGUUCACGAAAACGCUCAAUAUUUGUUAAAAAAAACCGUAAAUUUCUUGUGUUCUGUUGUCAAUUAUCAGAUGUUUUAACUCCUCAUUGCUUGUUUGAUAUUCGAAUUCAACAAUAAUACAACUUUUCGGAACAUUUCUCUUUCUAACUCUUAUAAUAAUAAUGCUCAUUACAACUCCCUCCAAAUUAUCUCGGUUUUUAAUACCUAAUAUUAACAUUUUAUAUCUUGCCUAGGCUAAUUUUAUUUAAAUGCCCUCUAUUAACAAACCUUUCUUCCGCCAUCAGAUACACCAUGGAAAUGUUAUAGUUACAAAAAAUUUCUAACAAGCAUUUAUUUAACUCAUCAGAUACAUUUUUAUCUAUUUCUUGCCAUUGAGUCUUCUCCCAAGUAGAUUUCCAGAUCGCUUUCUGCAAAAUCAGGAAAAUCUUGAACCUCAACAACGUUGCUUAAAGCUCUACGAAUUAUGAACUUAUUAAGAAACAUAUAGGCGUUUUGGGGAUUUUAAAGCUUUUGUUUGAAAGUGCCAAAUACGUAAUUUUGUAUAGAAGCUACUCGUUGACAACUCGGAUUUAGCGAAGAAAUUAGUCAAUUUUUUGAAGCAAUGUUACGAUUUAACGUUACGUAGUGUGUAGACUCAUAUCAAUCGAAUUUUUUGAGUAUCAAAACUGAUGUGUAUCAAAACGAUACAGUUCGUGGGGAUUUCGCUGGUUUUGGUACUCACGAAAACGGAAAAACGACCGUUUCAGUUAUCGCUAUAAUUCAAUGAAAUAUUUUAAAAUUUACGACGUUGGAGUUUAUUAAUUUUAUUAAUACGAAAUCGUUCUGACCCUUAGACAAUAAAAAAUAGUUUUAAAAAGAUAAGUAGAUUUCGAUUCGCUUCUCUAGUGCGUUGCUGAUUUAUCCAAUUGAGUAAAUGUAUCAGAUGAAAAAUAAUUAAUAACAAAUAAUAUUUACGCUGGAAUAAGACAAAAAUUUACCAAACAAACUUCCUAUUGCGUCGAAUUGAAUUACAUACACUAUAUUAAAUUGAACUGAAAAUCUGAUACAUUUUACUUCGGGUCAUCUUACUCUAUAAAUUACUUAAUAUUUUUUAGUACUUCCACUUUCACUUGUAGAGCAUAUCAGGAACUGUCAUAUAGUUGAGCCCUUCAUAUCAUUGUAGCGUUCGUUUCCUUUCUUUUUUUCGUAAAAACAUCCAAUCAUUGAUCGUAAAAACUAAUUGGUUUGUUUUACAAAAAAAAGUUAGUUCCAAAUAAAUGCUCACGUUACGCCGUUAUGUACAAAACAUGUAUGUAAUAUGUGUUAAAAACACCCUGUAUUUUCCGAGCAUUUAUCCGCCACAUUUUUAAAUCGCUCAUUAAUGACUUUCUUUGUGAUUUUGGUUUCGAAAGCAUGGUUUUUGUACACAAUUUGCACUUUUUGGCAUGAGAAUUUCAAUCAUUUGACCAUCAGCUAUUUAACUGGAACUGAUGCAAAUUGUUUUAAUUAUUGCUUGUUUCAAUAGAAAUACAGGGUGACUGAAAAUAAAGUUUAAGAAAGCGCUUUGUGACAUCCUGUACAGGGAGAAUUUUAAAUGUAAAAGGCCGAAAUUCGAAAUAAAAUCGCCUUAGAAAUUUUAACGAAUCGAUCAAAAUAGCGGCUUUUAACAUUUCUAGUGCCCCCUAGAUAAUAUUUUAUUCUAUGCACGCCGUUUCAGCAUUGGAUUUCGCCAUCUAAGCUAUUACAUUUUCGAAAAAUUUCAGCGAACUUUGCAUGUCCAUCGAUCAUCGAAGAGUAGAGAAAACUUUUACAUAAUUUCUAACAAGAAAUUGUAACAUCAAAUGCAUGUCUAUCACCUAUUCGACAUUUUUUUUAAUCUUGAAACUGAAUUAAUACGCCCUAAAACUUCAAAGCAAUAUUUGGAGAAGUUAGAUUAUGUUAUGUUAAUAUAAAGGUUUGUUCCAAAUACCUGGAACAAACCUAUAGUUUAUCGACCAAUUGAGUAACUUUUUAUUGUUCCAAUGGAACAGACGAUAACCCAUACAAGGGAGAAUAUUCCUAAGUUGCUUAUAAAAGUCGUUUUGGGCGAUAAAUUCAAGGAGAGAUACCAGAAAAUGUAACUACUGCACUUUAUUCUGUAAAUACUGCACACACUUCAACAAAGCAUGCCACCUAAGUUAACGAAGCUUUUGUACCGGUCAUAAUUAACAAACUUCCACCUCACAAAAGUAAUGUAAGGCCUAUUCUCAUUAUUUUCUUCGUGUACGCCACUGGAGUCUCCCAACUUCGACGACACUUUCCCAGAUGCUCGCCCAAGCAUUUGGUAUUGUGCCGUUGUUGGGAUACUCCAGAUAGAAUUUAUUUUGUUAAACAUAAAAUGUACAUAAUAUAUAUGUGUUGCGUUUACUGUUAAGUAGUUUUAAAUAUGUAUGGA